AUGCCUCUGGUGCGCAAUCCCAUCCUGCCAGGGUUUCACCCCGACCCAUCCAUCGUCCGAGUGGGUGAGAACUACUACCUUGCCACCUCUACCUUUCAGUGGUUCCCCGGCGUACAAAUUCAUAUAUCCACCGACCUGGCCAACUGGGAGCUGGUAUGCCGUCCGCUGAGCCGCAGGAGCCAGCUCGACAUGCGCGGCCAUCCGGACGGAGGCGGCAUCUGGGCCCCUUGCCUCAGCCACGAUGGCGAGCGCUUCUGGCUGGUGUACACCGACGUCACUCGCAAGGAGGGCUCCUUCAAGGACACACACAACUAUAUAGUCAGCGCGCCGGAAAUUACCGGCCCUUGGUCAGAUCCCAUCCAUGUCAACUCGUCCGGGUUUGAUCCCUCGCUGUUCCACGACGAUGACGGUCGCAAGUUCUUCAUCAAUAUGCUUUGGGACCAUCGCCGCCGCCCGCAGCUAUUUGCGGGAAUUGUGCUGCAAGAAUUCGAUGCAUCGACCGGCCGACUGGUCGGAACCCGGAAGAACAUCUUCCAGGGUACGAAGUUGCAGUAUACCGAAGGACCGCAUCUGUACAGACGCAACGGAUGGUACUAUCUGCUGACCGCGGAAGGCGGGACCCAGUAUAACCACGCCUGUACGCUCGCGCGUGCGCGGGAUAUUUGUGACCCAUACGAGGUGCAUCCGCAAGAAUAUAUAUUGACCUCCAAGGACACCCCGCUGGCGGCUCUGCAGCGUGCGGGUCAUGGCGACCUCGUCACCACCCCCACGGGGGAGCACUAUCUCGUCCAUCUCACGAGCCGGCCGGUCACGGCGCGCCGCCGAUGCAUCCUCGGACGAGAGACUGCUAUCCAGGCGGCAUACUGGGGCGACGAUGACUGGCUGUACGUGAAAGACGGGCCGGUACCUUCCCUCUACGUGGACUUGCCUAGAGCGAGGGACGAGGCAGCAUACUGGGCAACGCAACACUACGUUUUCAAGGCGGGCCAUGAGCUGCACCAAGACUUCCAGUGGCUGAGGACACCAGAGCCGGACCGCAUUUUCUCCAUCGACCCGGACGACGGCGGGCUCACUCUAAUAGGCCGCGAGUCGAUCGGAUCGUGGAGCGAGCAAGCGUUGGUCGCUCGCCGGCAGAUGCAUUUCUCGUUCAACGCCGAGACCGUCCUCAGUUUCAGCCCGAUAGACGAGCGGCAGUUCGCCGGUCUCACCGCGUACUACGCACGAUUUAACUUUUUCUACCUAACUGUGACCGCACACUCGGAUGGGCAGAGGGAACUACUCAUCAUGAGCUCGCAGGCGUCGUUUCCAUAUGGUGACCUCGAUCUUGAACAUCUUUCCGAGCCCGUGCGCAUCCCCAACGAAGGUAAGGUGCGUCUCGCGCUGACGAUAAGUGGAAAUCAACUGCAGUUUUUCUAUGCAAUGGAGGGGGAGAAAGAGACGAAAAAGAUCGGGCCUGUAUUUGAUGCUUCGAUACUAUCAGAUGAAUGUGGAGGCCCAGGAAGCUUCACUGGGGCAUUUGUUGGUAUGGCGUGCUCUGACCUGAACGGAACCCAUAUUCAGGCGAGGUUUGACUACUUUACGUACCAGCCUGUACAUGAUGAGAGCAAUGUUUCGAAUUGA